AUGAAGAGAAGCUAUAAUUUAACGCCUACAAACAUUGCUAGAUCAGACACAUGCCCUCCGUCAGUUACGCCAAGACAUGCGUGUUCACCAGAAGUUGCUAGAAAUAUCAUUAAGCUGUCUAAAAUUGUUUAUAACAACAAACACCCAGUGUCAAAAAUCAAAGUAUUAGAAAAGCAAGCUAUCCGAGGAGAAUUUGAGCCAGCUCUAUCAGUUACUCCUAAUUCGCCCCUCCGUGAGUAAACAAAAAAAUUUUGUUCGUUUUUAUAAUUUUAUAUAAAUUUUUUUUAAAAUUAAAAAAUUAAUUAGAAAGCAAAUAUUAAUUAAUUCGUAAAUUUAUGUUUUAAAAAUAAAAACUGUUUAAAUUAAACAGAACUGGUCGAGAUUUCAUCGUAAAAUCAUCACUUAUAUAUAAUUAUUUUUUUUUAUAAAAAAUUGUUAUAUUAAUAAAAUUUUCACUCACUAGUGUGGGUUUUACCAAAAAUAGGUUUUUUCCAAAAGUUUUACUUGCUCACGGAGGGGGGAGUAAGCAAAAGCAGGCUUUUUCUUUUAAACUUAGCCCAAGACUCGUAAAAAGCCCUAUCAAAAAUCCUGAUUUGUCUAAUUUUCCCAAACUUCCUUUUGGCAAACACUCAAGCUGCAAUGCUGACCAAGAACUUUCCUUUGAAAAAAUAAAAGCGAAAACUCCAAAGCCCGAUUUCAACAAUAAAUUUUCCUUUGGGCAUGAUCAAAAAAGCCCAUCAUCCAAAUUCUUAAAUUUAAACUCGUCAAACUACCAAGUUUAUGACACAAAAGCAGGAGUAUUGGUAUGCUUAAAAGAGAAAGAAGUCAUAAAUUCAUAUGAAAAAGAAAAAAAUAAGUGAGCAGCGAUGCUGAAAAUGUAUCAAACUUUUAGGGACAUUGAAGAAGAAAAAAGGUGGAGAAAAAAGAUUAAAGAAGUCCUAAACCGAGGCAAAAAAUUCGAAAUGCAAGAAUAUGCACCGCAGAUUUUCACAGAAGAAGAUCUGGAGUCAGAAGAAACCGGAGACAACACAAAAAAUGUUGCAAGACAUCUGAAAUAUUUACAAAACGAUUUAUAA